AUGUCCUCUGAGGCUUACACCGAAGACUGGCUUCAGACACCCCCGCCGAACCCCAUCCACAUCUACUCCCGCCUUUACAAGCCCGAUGCACCGAAAGCGCUCCUCGUCUUCAUCCACGGCUUCCAGGAGCACGUCGGCCGGUACACAUGGACGCAUACACAACUGAAGGCGCGCGGAAUCGCCGUGUUUGCGAUUGACCAGCGCGGCUUCGGACGCACCGCGUUUGGGGAGAAGGGCGUACGCCGAGGGACGGGCUAUGGGCGGACAGGGAUCGACCUCCAGAUGCGCGACAUCGAGUUCGUGCUCGGCGUCGCGCGCGAGCGCGUUCCGGGCGUGCCCGUAUUCCUCUCUGGACACUCCAUGGGGGGUGGCGAAGUGCUGAGCUACGCGUGUCGCGGGUCUGCGGGUUCCAAGACGCUCUCCGGCGUCAUCGCGUCCAGUCCACUUGUCGGGUUGACGAGCCCCAAGUCGAAGUUGAUACGGUACAUUGGUGGCAAGGCUGCGGUGCUCAUGCCAUGGUUCAGUAUACCGGCGAAGGUCGAACCAGAGACGCUCUCACACGAUGCAGAAGCCAACGCCGCGGUGCUUCAAGAUCCCCUCAUUCAUCCGACAGGCACUCUGAAGGGCGUGGGAGAGAUGCUUGCAGAGGGCGAUAAUCUACUGAGCCACCAUCACAAGUCGUGGCCUAAGGACCUGCCGGUCUUGAUUUACCAUGGAAGCGACGAUCCCGUUACCUCGCCCAAGCUAUCCCAACGUUUCCUUGACUUGUUACCCGCCGACGUCGACAAGACUUAUGUUCCCUUUGAUGGCGGUUACCACGAACUCCACCACGAAAUAAACGGCAUGAAGGAGCGCGUCAUCGACGAAGUGACCCAAUGGAUCGAGGCGCACCUCAACACGCCGAAGGCGCAAGCCUCUGCUGUCGCAUCUGCGCCUGCUUCACCCGCUGCUCCCGAGCCUGCCGCUACGCCGACGAACGGACCGCAGACGAAAGUCGCCGACGCCUCGACGACCCCGACGGGCCUUACCACCCCCGCGCUCGUUGUGACGCCUGCCUCGCCCAUAGGGGGCUCGCCGCUAGCGGGCGAUGAUGGACCGGCGUCGUUUGGCGCAUUGGAGGACGGUGCGGGGGCGACCGCGAAGCUGUGA